AUGCCUAAGGCAACCCCAUGCUUCGAUAGCGCUCAGUGCAGAAAAAGGAGAAAAGACGAAUAUGGUACCAUUAGACAUACAAGACACUCAACCUCCUAUAGGAAAAGGCGACGUAGAACCGAUGACGAUUUUACUGGAGGCUCAUCGUCUUCCGACGAGUUCAUCUCCUUACACACGCCGUUGCCUCCGUCGCAGCUGUCCCCAUCUAUUCUGCGAGCUUCUUGGAAAAACAAUAUAUCCUUAUUAUGGGCGAAUGAGUCUGUCAACUUCUUUGCUGAGAAAGCUUUCAACCAGUCUGCUGCUCGUUCGUGGCUACAUUGUGCUGUUUGCCAAAUGGAACCUGAGAAGCAGCGAAUGUCCACCAAACCUCUCAUCUAA